AGUCAGCGCUAAGACGUGGUUGCUCGCUUCGGGCUCGCUAACCCCGAGCAAGCCUCAAUUCCGACCCACUGUUACCUCAGAAACUGACCUGGCCAGUCGGUACAGCCUCAAACACAGUGAUCGCACGUACGUUUUCUGGGAAGCCUUGCUACUAAAGGAAGGAACUCUUUUUUCGGGGUCCGAAAUGGGCUUCAACGGAGGAGAACGAAUGAGCUACAUCGGCGAGACAUUUCCUACAGAACCAAGCAAUUUAUCAUAUUUUCCCACAAGAUACCAAGACCGAGUAACAACGUACUUCCGAAAUGCAAAUCCCAGGCUUCGCUCUCUUCUCCUUGGCAGCCACUGCGGUCGCUCUCCCAUCCAACCUCGUCGCUCGGUCCAACUACAACCUCCAGACCUGCGUCGACCUUAACCUCGAAGGCAACUGUGUCGAAAUGAACGGUGCAUACAACACCUGUACAGACGUCCCAACCAGCUUCAAUGAUGUCAUUUCUUCUAUUGCUGGAGACCAACGAACUAGCUGUCGAGCCUAUAUGGAUGCGGGGUGUAAUGGUGAUAGUUUUGUUGUUCCGAAAGGUGUCCAGUUGAUGAGGAUUCCGGAAACGUUUAAUGAUCAAAUCAGUAGCUUUUGGUGCUAAAGAGGGGUCGGCUUUGUGCUCGUUUCUGGAGUUUGGAUAUUGGUCGGUGCAUUGCUUUCGGCUGAUUUUGGAAGCAUAGCGAUGACCAUCGGAUAUAUUGAAAGUGGGAGUUUUUGAAUUCAAUUUUUUUGGUUCAUUUUCUACCUCUUAUCUGCAUUGUUUGGUAUCGAGUUAGCCUCAUGCGUGCCUAUUGAACUUU